AUCCCAUGUAUGGAUCAUGGAUGUGCAGAUGCAAUUGACCUCACCCCGCCAAUGCACCCCGCACCACAACUACAUAACUGGUAUAUAUCACCAUGCACAUCCCGCCACUCCCCAUAUCCUCCCUCCCGCAAUUCCUCCACUUCCACUCCAUAGCGCUCAAUGGGAUUUCCCCCGUGCACCUCGGCGGCGCACCCAUCGACCUCGGCGUAGCCCUGACAUUCACGUCCGCACACGACCCCACUAAACCGCUCCUCCGCGUCUCGCCCACACUGGUCCUAUCCCACGCCACCAUCGAAGCCGCUUCCAAAUCCGACCGCCACCUCCACGAUGCGCUUUCCGCCGCCGGCGCCCUCGCUCACAACCCGCGCAUCGCGGCGAUGAUCUUCCUCCUGCUGCGAAUGAGCACGGCCGCCGGGCUCGUUGCGGGGGAGCGGGACGCGUGGUGCGAAUACACGCAAUACCUGCCCCGCACGAUCCCGCUGCCGACGACGUGGACAGCCACCGAGCUCGCACUGCUGCCGGGCACAUCGCUCUCCGCGGCGAUCGCGGCAAAGUCGCGCACGCUCGCGGCCGAGUUUUCCACAUUCCGCGCCGCCACCGCCGAGCUGGCGUGGGCACAGAAGGCGUGGUGGGAUGACGACGGUCUCACGCUCGAAAACUGGGUUUACGCCGACUCGGUGUACCGGUCGCGAUCGCUCGAGCUGCCCGGCCACGGCGCGGCGCUGGUGCCGAUUCUGGAUUUCGCGAAUCAUGCGGAAGCGGGGAGGGCUAGCGCUUACUUUGCCGUUGAGGGAGAGGACGUCGUGCUCCGUCUCCGCCCGGGGAUGGAGUGCACGAGCGGAGACGAGGUCUGUAUUGACUACUCGGAUUCGGCUAAGAGCGCGGCCGAGUUCGUGUUCGCUUAUGGGUUCAUUCCCGAGGGGAUGGGCGGUGCUGGAGGCAUGCUGCUGCCUCUGCAGUGCUCUGAGGACGAUCCGCUGGCGCGGGCGAAGGAGAUGGUGUGGGCGCCGGCUUCUCCGCGCGGUGUGAAGAUCUCUGAAACUACAGGCGAGGAUAAGGUGCAAUGGGAGAGCGAGUGGGCGUACCUUGCAGUCACCAAUGAGGAAGAUGGACUCGAAUUUCAGCUGCUGCAGAUGAAUGAUGGCGGGCGGAAAUUGCAAGUUCUGCUGGAUGGGGAAGAAUUGGACCUCGUGGCUAGACCGAGGAGGGUGCAGGAGUUGCUGAAAGGGAAGGAGAUGUGUGAGAUUUUUGAGCUGCGCGUUGUGGCGACUGUUAAGGCGGCCGUUGAGGAUGCGCUUUCAAGGUUGCUGGGGGGAAGACAUGCACUCGAGGAGGAGGAGGGAGUGGAGUGUAGGCCGCAGAUGUGGAGUGUCGGUACCAGGCUGAGGGAGCUGGAGGAGACACUACUGUUGAAGGCGGCGGAGACGUUGGCGGAGGAGGAAAGCGCACUCCUGGAGCAUCCUAAGGUACAAGAGUACCUCUCCCAGCAGCAACAAUCCCAAUCUCCAGAACCUCAUCCGCAGCGAGACCUCCAAAGCGCAGAUGCCAUGGAUGCAGACGGGGAGAUUGAUCUAUCUUAAUAUAAUCUGUUGCUCAUCGGCCCGGGCUCCCAUUCUGUCUACCUAAGUGUGUAGAGAGAGAACAUCAUUUUAUCUCGCAUACAG